UACCUUCGGUUUUGUUACCUAUUAUCUUCAAACCUUUGCAACAACAAUGGCAAAUAAUAAUUAUCAUUAUAGCUCUCAAAAGCAACGACUUCGGUCUAUAUUAAUUAUCGUGGCAAUGUUAUUCUCACCGUACAUCCUACAGUCGUCUGAAGCUUCUCGUGGCUUGCUGGCCAACACUGAUGACAUUUGGUUUGGAGCACCUCCACCACCAAUAGGCACGGUACCUACAAUCUAUUGUCCACAGUGUUUGUGUUGCGAGCCCCCACCACCAAAUCUUUGUUGUCGCUGUUGUUAGGGGAUAUAUGAAAAAACAGAGCUCGAACGUUUCA